UAAACUUAAAAAAGACAACAUGGCGGCUGGGCCCAGUGUAUCUGGGUCCGUCGCGGCUUUGACUUUGUGUUGCGUUCCUGAGUAUGAACUGACGGACGUGAAUUCGAAAAUUUUCUGCGUCGGUUCCUUUGGCAGCCUGUGGCGGGAGAAGCUGGAGAAGGCGCACCUGGGGUUGGAAGAGGACGAGGAAGAGGACGAGGAGGAGGUGGGGCAGCAGCUGGCAAUGCAGCUGGGCCUCCCCUCAGACAUGGUGGAGGAGCUGCAGCUGGUGUGCGGUGUUGAUACAUUGAACUGCACAGAAGAGGAGACCAGUACAGAUGUCAUCCCAGAAGAUACAGACCUAGUCACGUUGGAAAUCCGAAAGAAAGUAAUUGAAAAGAGAGAGGAACGUUUGAUAUAUGAUCGUACCUGUAGACAGGAAACGUUUGAACAUGAACAUGAAAUGCACGCUGUAGGAAGGAAGCCCAGUCACCCAGAAGAUUCCAUUCCAGCUGGAGAAGUGAUCCUAACUAUUAAUGUCUACUCCCCUAUUAUAUUUAUUAAGCACAGGGAGAAGAAGCCCCACCAUACACUUCUUGUGUUUGGAAGUCAGAAGCUAACUGAGCUGAGGGAUGCCAUCUCUUGUGUUAGUGACCUUCAGAUUGGUGGAGAAUUCAGCAACACUCCAGACCUGGCUCCGGAACAUAUUAGCAAGGACUUGUACAAGUCAGCCUUUUUCUUCUUUGAAGGAACCUUCUAUAAUGACUUGAGAUAUUCUGAGUGCAGAGAUUUGAGCAGGACCAUUAUUGAAUGGGCGGAGUCCCAUGACAGAGGUUGUGGGAAAUUUAGUACAGCUAAAAUGGAGGACUACACAUUCAAUGAUAUGUGCAUUAAGAUUGGCUAUCCAUACUUAUAUUGUCACCAAGGUGACUGUGAACACCUCAUCAUCAUCACAGAUGUCAGAAUUGUCCAUCGUGAUGAUUGCCUGGAUAAAACUUUGUACCCAUGUGUGAUCAAAAAACCCUGGAUGUGGACUCGGAAGUGUUCUGUUUGUAGAUUAUUUAUAGUCCGAUGGGUGACCAACAAUGAUAGUUUAGCCCCUGAGGACCCGGGCUUUUUCUGUGACAUUUGUUUCAGGAUGCUUCACUACGAUGCUGAUGGCAAUAAAAUGGGAGACUUUCUUGCAUAUCCCUAUGUUGACCCGGGAAUAUUUAAUUGAAAAUUAUGCCACGUCUUUUUCCUGCUGGAUGUUAAUUUUUCUUGCAGUUUGACUGAAAUUGGUAGAAAACCUUUGACUGGACUAUUGUAACUGUGCAUGGUUCCAAAGUUUCCACAAGGCCUACAUACUCCAAGGAAAGUGAAGAAAUUCAGAACAAUGAUUAAUCGUACACGAGUAUCCACUUUCUUCAUUGAUAAAACUGCUUUAAAACCCACUGUUUUAAAGUUCAAAGCAUCAUGUUUUAAGCAGUAGGCUGAAUAGAUUUAUGAAGUUGGCUAAACUAUGGCUAUGGCUUAUGGAACAGUGAUGGCUGGAGUUGUGCCUUUGUGGUGCUUUCAUGUGACAGUCACACUCAGCUACGUGGACCUCCAUCCUUAGCCCUCUGAUUCAUACUCACCCAUUCUUCCAGAGGAUUUCAUUUGUGUUCUCAAAAAUAUCUAUUUUGGAAACUAGGUAGUGGGUUAGACAUUGGCCUUUCAACUUCUGGGACUUGGUUUCAUACCUAACCUGGACUGAUAUGAAUGGAAGUCCCUGCUUGCUGGCUGUAAACAGCCUUAUCUGAAAUAAGUUUGGAAGUCUUUAUCCAGUUCCUGGUGCACAUAGGCCUAUAAGCACAAAACUUAUGAAUUUGGCACCACUUGCUAACCUUAGAGAUCAAAGGAUAGUUUUUAUACUGAAGAAGUUGGAUAUGCUGCUUUGAAGUUGAGGCAAAGGAUUGAGCUGUACUCUAACUGUAUCUAACUGCCUUGCCUAAUCUGUGAAUGCUCCUUGAUGGUGGGUGCCUGAAAUGGAAAGUAUUCCAUCUUUCAGCAUCCCUCACCUCAAUUAGCACCAACAUUUUAAAUUUUAUUGAAAGAUCAGUUAAUGUUAAUGUUUCUUUCUCCAGUAUCUUAUGGCCCUUUACAUUUACUGGAUUACUUUACUACCAAUAAUUAAAAACCCUAUGUUCAUCACUGAAAAGUAAAAUAACUUUGUACACAUCUAAAUCAUCUGGCAUUUCCACACAUCACAAUGGACAGAUUGCACUACCCCCUAAAAUAACAUUUAUUAAUGAAUCAUUAACUGUGACAAAUUAAUUGUUGGGUUAAAUUAGGAAAAGACAUCUCCAAAUAUGUGCAGUGCAAUCAUCUUUCCUCUAGGGUGUGCUAAUGGGGAGGGGAAGAAAAGUACUCUCCACCAUUGGACCUUUAGAGCCCGGUCAUUUAAUUUAGACUGUUGCUUAGCUUUGUUUUGCUCCUUUCUUGAAGGGAACUAGUUUGGGGUGGGGGGCUGUUGGAGGUGAGUUUAUCUAACUGAAUAAAGCCAUAGAGGAUAAAUUAGGAGAAGCCUGGAGAUAUGAUUUAUAUUGCACAACUGGAUUGACUAAUCCUAAAGACAGGGUUACAGUUUGUUUUCCAUGGGUUGUUGCCCCUACAUUCUUAUUAUGUUACCUAUUGGAUGUAAAUAAUUUCAUUAUGUAAGCUCUAACUUUUUAAGUUGGAUUGUAUUACACCAUAACUCCAGUGAGGCCAUUUUCAAUUGUGGUAUCAUUUCCAUGAAUACAAAAUAAACUUGGAUUUGAAA